CCUGGACAUGGAUCACCUGCUGCUGCUGCUCCUGCUGUGGAGCUCAGGAGUGAAGCCUGAAGGAGAGCACAGUUCAACAGGGCCUGGCGAUGUCAGGUUGGUGGGAGGAGCCAGUCGCUGUGCAGGUACACUGGAGCUGAAACAUCUGGGAGAAUGGAGAGCAGUCAGUAGCUCAUACUAUGCUGUGAACGCGAAAGUAGCAGCCGUCUUCUGUGAACAUCUGGACUGUGGCUCUGUUGUUAAUGUAGGAAAGAGAUACGAGUCCUCAUCGAGAUCCGUGUGGCAGAUCAAAUUUAACUGUGUUGAUCCCAGAUCUGCUCUGAGGAAUUGUACAACAUCAGCUGAAUCUUCCCACAUUCUGGAUGCCACCUGUUCAGACUCUGUCAGGCUGCUGAAUGGUUCCAGUCUGUGUUCAGGCAGACUGCAGGUGAAGUCUAACCAGAGAUGGUCCUCAGUGUGUGAAGCUGACUUUGACCUGCAGGAUGCAGAGGUGGUCUGUAGGGAGCUUGGCUGUGGGCCUCCUUCGCUCCUCCAGGGGGCGCUCUAUGGAGAAGUGGAGGCUCCAGUGUGGAGCAGAGAGUUCCAGUGUGGAGGCCAUGAGUCUGCUCUCCUGGACUGUAGAAGCUCAGGCUCAGCUAGAAGCAGCUGCUCACCUGGCAAAGCUGCUGGACUCACCUGCUCAGAGCCUGUCAGGUUGGUGGGAGGAGCCAGUCGCUGUGGAGGUACACUGCAGUUCAACCAUCUGGGAGAAUGGAGACCAGUGGAUGGGUUUUACUCUAACUGGACUCUGAAGUCAGCAGCUGUUGUCUGUGAACAUCUGGACUGUGGGUCUGCUGUUUAUGCAGAAAAGACAGAAGGGAUGCAUUUCAGAGCUCGAUCUGUGUGGUCAGUGGAACCUGACUGUAUUCAGUCUGUCUCUGCUCUGAGAGCGUGUUUAACAUCAUAUGUUGGAGAUCAUUUUGUUGUGGCAAUGUCCCCUGGCAGCAUGCAUCUCACCUGUUCAGACUCUGUCAGGCUGCUGAAUGGUUCCAGUCUGUGUUCAGGCAGACUGCAGGUGAAGUCUAACCAGAGAUGGUCCUCAGUGUGUGAAGCUGACUUUGACCUGCAGGAUGCAGAGGUGGUCUGUAGGGAGCUUGGCUGUGGGCCUCCUUCGCUCCUCCAGGGGGCGCUCUAUGGAGAAGUGGAGGCUCCAGUGUGGAGCAGAGAGUUCCAAUGUGGAGGCCAUGAGUCUGCUCUCCUGGACUGUAGAAGCUCAGGCUCAGCUAGAAGCAGCUGCUCACCUGGCAAAGCUGCUGGACUCACCUGCUCAGAGCCUGUCAGGUUGGUGGGAGGAGCCAGUCGCUGUGCAGGUACACUGGAGCUGAAACACCUGGGAGAAUGGAGACCAGUGGAAGCUUUUAGCUGGACCCUGAAGGAAGCAGCUGUUUUCUGUCAACAUCUGGACUGUGGCUCUGCUGUUUUUGUAGGAAAGAGAGAUGAUUACCGCCACUCAGGAGAUCGUAUGAGGAUCAACCCUGACUGUGUUCAUUCUGGCUCUGCCCUGAGAGAGUGUGCAACAGUAGUUUCCAGUUACAGUUACACCCUGGAUCUCACCUGCUCUGACUCUGUCAGGCUGCUGAAUGGUUCCAGUCUGUGUUCAGGCAGACUGCAGGUGAAGUCUAACCAGAGAUGGUCCUCAGUGUGUGAAGCUGACUUUGACCUGCAGGAUGCAGAGGUGGUCUGUAGGGAGCUUGGCUGUGGGCCUCCUUCGCUCCUCCAGGGGGCGCUCUAUGGAGAAGUGGAGGCUCCAGUGUGGAGCAGAGAGUUCCAGUGUGGAGGCCAUGAGUCUGCUCUCCUGGACUGUAGAAGCUCAGGCUCAGCUAGAAGCAGCUGCUCACCUGGCAACGCUGCUGGACUCACCUGCUCAGACUCUGAUGUCAGGUUGGUGGGAGGAGCCAGUCGCUGUGGAGGUACACUGGAGGUGAAACACCUGGGAGAAUGGAGACCAGUGGAUGGCUCUGAUUGGACCCUGAAGGAAGCAGCUGUUGUCUGUGAACAUCUGGACUGUGGCUCUGCAGUUUAUGUAGGAGAGAGAGGGGAGUCCUCAUACAGAUCCGUGUGGGAGAUCAAACCAGACUGUGUUCGCUUUCGAUCUGGUCAAAUCGAGUGUGCAAAAUCAACUUUUGUAUCCUCCAUCCUGGAUCUCACCUGCUCUGACUCUGUCAGGCUGCUGAAUGGUUCCAGUCUGUGUUCAGGCAGACUGCAGGUGAAGUCUAACCAGAGAUGGUCCUCAGUGUGUGAAGCUGACUUUGACCUGCAGGAUGCAGAGGUGGUCUGUAGGGAGCUUGGCUGUGGGCCUCCUUCGCUCCUCCAGGGGGCGCUCUAUGGAGAAGUGGAGGCUCCAGUGUGGAGCAGAGAGUUCCAGUGUGGAGGCCAUGAGUCUGCUCUCCUGGACUGUAGAAGCUCAGGCUCAGCUAGAAGCAGCUGCUCACCUGGCAAAGCUGCUGGACUCACCUGCUCAGAGCCUGAUGAAGUCAGGUUGGUGGGAAAAGCCAGUCACUGUGGAGGUACACUGGAGAUAAAACAUGUGAGAGAAUGGAGACCAGUAGACUUCUAUAACUGGACCCUGAAGAAAGCAGCUGUGGUCUGUGAACAUCUGGACUGUGGCUCUGCUGUCUCUGUACGAGAGAGAAAGUCCCCACGGAGAUUCGUAUGGUCUAUCAGACCUGACUGUUUUCAGUCCGGAUCUAAGUUGGGGGAUUGUUUACGACUGUUACCCUCUACCACCAUCCUCAAUCUCACCUGCUUAGACUCUGUCAGGCUGCUGAAUGGUUCCAGUCUGUGUUCAGGCAGACUGCAGGUGAAGUCUAACCAGAGAUGGUCCUCAGUGUGUGAAGCUGACUUUGACCUGCAGGAUGCAGAGGUGGUCUGUAGGGAGCUUGGCUGUGGGCCUCCUUCGCUCCUCCAGGGGGCGCUCUAUGGAGAAGCGGAGGCUCCAGUGUGGAGCAGAGAGUUCCAGUGUGGAGGCCAUGAGUCUGCUCUCCUGGACUGUAGAAGCUCAGGCUCAGCUAGAAGCAGCUGCUCACCUGGCAAAGCUGUUGGACUCACCUGCUCAGAGCCUGUCAGGUUGGUGGGAGGAGCCAGUCGCUGUGCAGGUACACUAGAGGUGAAACACCUGGGAGAAUGGAGACCAGUGGAUGACAAUGGUUGGACCAUGAAGCCAGCAGCUGUUGUCUGUGAACAUCUGGACUGUGGCUCUGCUGUUUCUGUAGGACUGAUAUUUAAGUCAUAUGGAUCUGUUUGGAGGAUCAACCCUGACUGUGUUCAGUCUGGAUCUCCUCUGAGGGAGUGUGCAAUAUCAUGGUCCUCUUCCUCUAUCCUUGAUCUCACCUGUUCAGCUAGUUAUGGGAGACUGCGGCACCCACGAUGUGCAGAUUAUCUAGCUGGCAGUCUGAGACACUGGAAACAUGAACAUUAUGGAACUAUUGUCUCUGCAGACUCUGUCAGGCUGCUGAAUGGUUCCAGUCUGUGUUCAGGCAGACUGCAGGUGAAGUCUAACCAGAGAUGGUCCUCAGUGUGUGAAGCUGACUUUGACCUGCAGGAUGCAGAGGUGGUCUGUAGGGAGCUUGGCUGUGGGCCUCCUUCGCUCCUCCAGGGGGCGCUCUAUGGAGAAGUGGAGGCUCCAGUGUGGAGCAGAGAGUUCCAGUGUGGAGGCCAUGAGUCUGCUCUCCUGGACUGUAGAAGCUCAGGCUCAGCUAGAAGCAGCUGCUCACCUGGCAAAGCUGCUGGACUCACCUGCUCAGAGCCUGUCAGGUUGGUGGGAGGAGCCAGUCGCUGUGGAGGUACACUAGAGGUGAAACACCUGGGAGAAUGGAGACCAGUGAUUGGCUCUGACUGGCCUCUGAAGGCAGCAGGUGUCUUCUGUGAGCAUCUGAACUGUGGCUCUGCUGUUUCUCUUGGACAGAAACAGUCCUCAUACAGAUUUGUGUUGAAGAUCAAUCCUGAUUGUUUCAAGCUGAGAUCUUCCCUAAGGGAAUGUGUAGAACCAUCUUACUCUUCCUCUGUGCUCAAUGUCACCUGUUCAGACCUGCUGGCUCAGCCAAACAUUAUUGUCCCCACCUCCAUGGACGGGGUCUCCGAGGCACAGCAGCAGGGGCUUCAGGUGUCCAGGGCAUACAACUACACCCAGCCAGCUGUCAAUCACUCUGCCCACUUCCUGUUUCCUGUCACAGAGCCCGCCCACCAAGGAAACUACAGCUGCUUUUAUCAUGUUUAUGUUUUUUCUCAUAACUUCUCCUCUGAGAGCCGCCUGCUGUCCGUGACUGUCUCAUUAGAGCACCUCUUCACCAAACAGUAUGAUGCGGUGUUUCCCGAAAUCAAGACGUGCUUCAGCUUGAGUGAGGAAGGGAUGCCCAAGCAGCACCUCAUUUCCUGCUAUAUCUGCCACCAGGAAAUCAACAUCCACCUGUCGAUUGUUGAUACUGACAGUGUGUUUGAUCCCACAGAUCAUCCAGAUCCCAGAGGCUUCAACAUCAGAGCGCUCGUCCUUACACUGAUCCUGCUGUUGGAGAACGUUGUCCUGUAUUUCUACUGUAAGGCCAGCAGGGGGCAGAAGCUGGGCAGAUGGGAGAACAACAAGCUGGUUAACCGUAACUUUGGUGUUGGUGCAGCUGAAGAGGGGCCGGCUGAAGAGGAAGGAGCUCAUCUCAUAUCCAGAUGA